CAGUUUUAAGCUUCGACUCGGCUUUUAUAUAUUUUCCCACUCAGUAAGUAAUCUCGUGAUACCUUAGAAAACCCACCCUUUUUUUCUUUCUCUCAUUUUUUCAUGAAUUUUCCCAGGAAAUUCGUUGUUUCUCGGAAGCCAAACAGAGGGAAAUUGUAGACAGCAGACCCAUUUUUCUUCACUCUUUGUGUUCGAUUUUUUCUCCAAUUUUAAUCACAAAAAUGUCCGUCAAUUUUAGCUGUUUUUUUCUACUUUCUGUUCUGGUUUUAAGUUCCCGAGUUAACUCAGAACCGGUUCAAGACAAGCAAGCUCUCCUUGCAUUCCUUUGUAAGACCAAACACCCAAACCGGAUUCAAUGGAAUUCAUCGACCUCAGCUUGCGAUUGGGUUGGCGUUGAAUGUGAUGCGAAUCGGUCCUUCGUUUUCAGUCUCCGGCUACCAGGUGUGGGUCUCGUCGGUUCUAUUCCGUCCAACACCAUCGGCCGGUUAAACCAACUUCGUGUUUUGAGUCUCCGAGCUAAUCGUUUGUCCGGUGAGAUCCCUGAAGAUUUCUCCGAUUUGACUCUACUCCGUAACCUUUAUUUACAAGAUAAUGCAUUCACCGGCGAGUUCCCGAUCAGUGUGACUCGUUUAGCUCGGUUAACUCGGCUCGAUCUUUCGUCUAACAAGUUCACCGGUCCAAUCCCUUUCGCCGUCAAUAAUAUGAGUCAUUUGACCGGUCUUUUCUUGCAGAACAACAAAUUUUCCGGUUCACUACCGAGCAUCAACGCCGACGGUUUAGAUGAUAUCAAUGUAUCUAAUAACACCCUUAACGGUUCAAUUCCCGGUUCGUUAUCUAAAUUCCCGAAAUCAUCAUUCGCCGGAAACCCUGCCCUUUGUGGCGGUCCACUCCAGCCGUGUAAGCCAUUUUUCCCAUCGCCGGAACCAUCGCCGAUCCCUCCAGAAACUCCUGGUGAAAAAUCCAAAAACCUUUCCGUCGGCGCCAUUAUUGGCAUUGCAGUGGGGUCUACAAUCAUUGCAUUAUUAUUAUUACUAUUCCUUAUUCUUUGUCUCUUUAAACGCCGAAGCCAGCCACCGAAGCCGGUCACGGCGCCGACAGGCUCUGUUCCACCGGCGGAGGCGGGAACGUCGGGAGGGACAACCUCAAGGGAAAGGAAUAAGCUAGUGUUCUUCGAAGGUGGGGUUUACAGCUUCGAUUUAGAUGAUUUGUUGAGAGCGUCGGCGGAAGUGUUGGGAAAAGGCACCGUCGGAACGUCGUACAAGGCGGUGCUGGAAGAAGGUACGACGGUGGUGGUUAAACGGCUAAAAGACGUGGCGGCAAAUGAAAGAGAAUUCGAAAUACAUAUGGAAACGUUGGGGAAAAUGAAACACGAAAAUUUAGUUCCUCUGAGAGCGUUUUAUUAUUCCGAUGAUGAAAAAUUGCUCGUAUUGGAUUUCAUGGAAGAAGGUAGUUUAUCCGCCUUACUUCACGGUAGUCGAGUCUCGUGCCGUACACCACCAAACUGGGAUAGUCGUCGGAAAAUAGCCUUAACUGCGGCUAGGGGUUUAGCCCAUCUUCAUGUUACAGGAAAGGUGGUCCACGGCAACAUCAAGUCCUCCAACAUUCUCCUUCGACCUGACCACGAAGCUUGCAUGUCUGAUUUUGGUCUCAACCCGAUCUUCAGCAACACUGCCUCGUCUAGCCGUUUUUCAGGGUAUCGAGCACCUGAAGUAGUCGAAACUCGCAACGUUGCGUUCAAAUCCGAUGUGUAUAGUUUCGGAGUGGUAUUGCUCGAGUUAUUAACAGGAAAAUCGCCUAAUCAAACGUCGAUGGGAGAAGAAGGGAUCGAUCUUCCUCGUUGGGUUCAAUCAGUUGUCCGUGAGGAAUGGACCGCAGAGGUGUUCGACGUGGAGUUAAUGAGAUACCACAACAUCGAGGAAGAAAUGGUGCAAUUAUUGCAAAUUGCAAUGGCUUGCGUAUCUAUCGUACCUGAUCAAAGACCUACCAUGCAAGAAGUUGUACACAUGAUUGAAGACGUUUAUAGAGGUGAAACAGAUGAUGGAUUACGACAAUCUUCUGAUGAUCCUUCAAAAGGUUCAGACGGUUAUACUCCUCCUAUUGAAUUACGGACCCCAGCUAGAUCCGUCACACCUUAGGGUAAACAAACUUUGAAAGUCAGUGUAAUUUAAAAAAAAAAAAAACUUCCCAACGCAUUAAAUCAUGAAAGUAGUUAAUUGUUUUUUAAGGAGCAACAUU